AUGUGUGGCCCCAUCAGAGGGCUGCUCCUGGCCCUAGUGGUGGGAUUUGGCAUGGUGGUGGCAUUUGCACCCAUACCCCGGAUCACCUGGGAACUUGGAGAGGUAGAACUGUUGCAGUUUCAUGAGCCAGGGGUAUUCAACUACUCCGAGCUGCUGCUGAACAGGUACAAGGACACACUGUAUGUGGGCGCCCGGGAGGCCAUCUUUGCACUGAAUGCACUCAACAUUUCCCAGAAGCAAUUGGAGACACAGUGGAAGGCCUCAGAUGAGAGAAAGGCAGACUGCAUAGAAAAAGGGAGAUCAAAAGAGACAGAAUGCCUCAACUACGUCCGGGUGCUGCAGCAGUUUACCUCAACCUUCCUUUAUGUGUGUGGGACAAAUGCGUUUCAGCCCACAUGUCAGUUCCUGAACCUAACAGCCUUUGACUUUUUGUGGAUUAAGAAAGAUGGCAGAGGAAAGUGUCCCUUUAGCCCUGCACACACUUACACAUCUGUCAUGGUUGAUGGAGAGCUUUAUGCUGGGACAACAUAUAAUUUUUUGGGAAGCGAGUUCAUCAUCUCCAGAAAUUAUUUCUACAGUCAUCUGCAAACCGAAUCCGACAUUCCAUGGCUGUAUGAGCCUAACUUUGUCCAUGCUGAUGUGAUACGGAAUAGCCGCGAUGGCUUCAAGGAUGAUGAUGAUAAGGUCUACUUCUUCUUCACAGAAGUAUCUGUGGAGUAUUACUUCCUUUUCAACUUACAGGUCCCACGCAUUGCAAGAGUGUGCGUGGAUGACCAGGGUGGCCAGAAGAUCUUGCAAAAUAAGUGGACAUCCUUCCUGAAGGCCAAGCUACUCUGCUCCCAGCCAGACCUAGGCCUGAUCUUCAACAUAGUGAAAGAUGCCUUUGUACUGCAUCCCCCAAGAGCCGAGGAGCCUGUUAUCUAUGCACUCUUUGUGCCCCAGCUGAACAACGUGGGAAUGUCCGCGAUCUGCACCUAUGCGUUGUCCACGGUAGAGGCAGUGUUCUCCCAUGGGAAGUACCUGCAGAAAGCCAGUGUGCAUUCAUACCCCAAAUGGGUAACUUACCAUGGUGAAGUGCCCACACCUCGGCCUGGAAUGUGCAUCAACAGCGAGACACGUGCAGCCAACUACAACAGCUCUUUGCAUUUACCAGACAAAACACUGCUGUUCAUCAGAGACCACCCUUUGAUAGCAGAGUCAGUAACUCCAAUAGGCAACAAGCCCAUAUUAGUGAAAAAAGAUGUGAACUACACCCAGAUCGUGGUGGACAGGACCCAGGCCCUGGACAAGAACUUCUAUGAUGUCAUGUUUAUCGGCACAGCACACGGCACCCUGCACAAAGCUGUCCAGCUCCAGAACGGCAUGCACAUCAUUGAGGAGACACGGCUUUUCCAGAACUCUGAGCCAGUCCAAAACCUGUUGCUGUCUUCAAAGAAGGGCAGCAAGUUUGCCUACGCCAGCUGCAACUCAGGAGUGGUCCAAGUCCCUCUGGCCUUCUGCAGGAAGCACAGCAGCUGUGAGGAGUGUGUGCUGGCCCGGGACCCCUACUGUGCCUGGAGCCCAUCAGAGGGCGCCUGUGUGGCUCUUCCUGAGGCCCAGGGCUGCACCAGAAGGACUUGCAUUCAGGACAUGAGUGGUGAUGUAUCUUCAUGCCCAACUAAAAUUAUAGAAAGUUAUCAGAAGAUUAUUUACAAACAGCAUUGUACCGCAUACUUAACAUGCUAUGCAAAGUCCAACAUGGCCCAAAUAGUGUGGAAGUUCUUCAAUGACACAAUGAAUCCUAAAAGACCUAAGUACGUUUUUGAGAGACGGAAAAACCUGAUCAUCUUCAGUCUGUCUGAAAGGGACAACGGGGUGUACAGCUGCCUGUCCGUGGAGAGGAUUGGCAACACUACAGUCUCCCGUGUACUAAAGAGGUAUAUACUGGAAGUGAAGCAUGAUCCCAAAUCUGACUGCUACAAGAAUAUAAAAUAACCCACAAAGCAUCAGUGGCAUCUUCCUAGAUGUCUUUUCCCUCAAUGCUAGUCAUUCAGAUCACCAUCCCUCAGAGCUGUCAUCUCACUUCCCAAGCCUUUGGACAAAAGAUUGGCAACAACACAGUAUGCUCUACUCAGAGAUGAGAGUGUAUCUCAAGUCAAGUGGCCACUGGUUCCAUAUAAUCCCCUUCCUCUUCAUCCUCUUCCUCUUGGCCUACAUCUGCUAUAAAGGCUUCUUGCCCAGACAGUGCUUGAAAUUCUGCUUAGCCCUGCUGCUACCCAGGAAGAAGCCCAAUUUGGAUGUUUCUGACCUAGAGCAGUGUCAAUGAGGGUUACCAGUGAAGAUUGUGAGCUUCUCCCAGCAGAAUGGAGAGCAGUCUGAGCCAACCCUGAAUGCCAUCACCAGCAAUGUCUCCACAGACUGCCCAGACUCAUAGAGGACCAGUGAGCUCUCCACCAGAGAAAAGCUACUCAAUGCCCAGUGUGAAUUGAGGUUCACCUACUUGGAUGCCAGUGGGGACUGAGGGCUAGUCAUGUGUUCUCACCCAUGUCUUGGAGACUGUGGGACAAG